AUGCCCGACCGACGGCUGGCGCGUCUGAAGGCCAAGUUUCUACGCCGAUCAUCGUUAUCGCCCAAACCGGGCAACGGGGUGGACCCGCGUGGUGUCCACCACCCCAUUUCUUCUCCCUGUCCUCCGCGCCUCUACGACUCCGCCAGCGACAAGUCCCCUUACAGCAUCGUCUCCCGCUGCUCAGGCAACUUCGAUCCUGCCGACCACGACGACGCUCCGUCGCCGCUCGCCCAGGAAGGUGCUGACACCAGGAGCCCGCAGCCUCCGUCGACCGGCUCGCCACCGCCCGGAGAGCUUCAGUUUUCUCGCAACCAUCGCGCGUGUACCCCUCCGCCGACCGAGCCCACGAGAUCGUCGUUACACACCCCUCUCACCGUCGACGUUCCGUCUCCCCGUGACACCCCUCCGCUGCUGACGCCCCAAACUUCCGAGGAUACUCCCUUCCAGCCGGUACACUGCGAAGUUCGGACACCAACGCCAGUCGAGACUCCGAUCUCCCCAACAACUCUACACACCGUCCUCGAGACCCCUGUAGACGACCGUCGCCCUUCUGCGUCCUGGUCUUUGUCUGACAGACGUCCCAGCCUUGCCGUCCGUCGGCAAUCCCUGCUUCCUGCAUCGCACCACCACUUGAUCAACGGGCUGUUGGGGCGAGAUUCCAUCUCCUCACAAGGUGGCCAGAGUAGUAGACAGGCUCCGUCCGCCCCUGCCGAGAUGGUGCAGCGCCGGGUUUGGGUCAAGCGGCCGGGUGGCUCGGCCACCCUGGUCCCGUGCUUGGAGGACGCGGUAGUGGACGAGCUGCGCGACCAGGUGAUCAUGAAAUACUCCAAUUCGCUCGGUAAGAGCUUUGAUUCUCCGGAUAUUGUGAUCAGAAUCGCCCCGAGGGAAGGCUCCAAUCGACAAGCCCAUCCAGAGCGGCUGCUCAGCCCGGAGGAAUCUUUGGCCACAGUUCUCGACACAUACUAUCCCGGAGGUCAGGCAAUCGAAGAGGCGUUGGUCAUCGAUGCGCCAGCGCGUCGAACCCCGAAACCGUCGCCGCGCCAUUCGAUCUAUCAUCACCACCAUUCCGAGCCCGGCGAACAUGGCGACUACUUCCCUCUCAUGCCUGUGAACGCCAAUGGACAAACGCCGCCUGCACACCCAGCGAGUUCGGGAGGUGGUCCCAAUGCACCGUCCAUCUCCAUCCUUAAUACUGGCGUACCCCCUCCCCUGCCAUCCCCGGGGACCCGGGGGUCCCGGCACCACCGUCGACCUCCGCUCACGCGGCACACUACAAAUUCACCAACCCUACUUGAAGGGGCUCCCGUGGCGGAUAUUGGCGUCUCUCCUCAUAGUCAACCUCCCUCGGCACCGCCGGCCCCGACUGUCCCAACACCACCCGCAGUACCGGCUGAACCUUCACAGCUGAAGACGCACACUCCGCCAGCACCGAUGGUAUCGCCGCGUUUACGCAAAGGAAAGGUCUCCCCGUCACCCGCUACGGUUUUUGGUGGCCUAAUCGACGGCACCGUGCCUCCCAUCAAUGUCCUAAUCGUGGAGGACAACAUCAUCAAUCAGCGGCUGCUUGAGGCGUUUAUGAAACGAUUGAGUGUGCGUUGGAAGUGCGCAGCGAAUGGAGAAGAGGCGGUGCGGAAAUGGCGACAGGGUGGAUUCCAUUUGGUUUUGAUGGACAUCCAGCUGCCGGUUAUGAAUGGGUUAGACGCGACGAAGGAGAUCCGACGGCUGGAGCGGUUAAAUGGAAUUGGGGUCUUUUCCAAGACGGCCUCUGGGCGCUCCAGCGCAUCAAGCACCAACGCUGCAUCUCCGGACGAGAAACGACCAGGUCUGCAGCGUUCUCUCAGUGAGGAUGACAUGCUGCCUGAUCUCUCGCAGUUCCGGAGUCCGGUGAUUAUUGUCGCGUUGACGGCCAGCAGUUUGCAAAGUGACCGCCAUGAGGCACUGGCUGCUGGCUGUAAUGAUUUCUUGACAAAACCCGUCGGUUUCCCAUGGCUUCGGCAAAAGAUGACAGAGUGGGGUUGCAUGCAGGCCUUGAUCGAUUUUGAGGGCUGGCGCAAAUGGCGCGGGUUCGUCGACUCGCCUGUGUCUUCGUCGCCCUCCGCCGACAGCGCGGUGAGCCCGAUGCAGACAGGCGAUAAUAAGCAGAUCAGCCUAGACCCAAGGUCUCCAUCGGCUCUGCGCACUACUACUGCCGCCAACAAAACAUCCAAAAGACCCCAUGGACCACGCCCUAGCCUACCUGAUGCCGCAGAGAUCAUGCGCGAAGACUCCUGGGGCAGCGGCAGUGGCGACACAGAUUCGCCCUCCAGUCCGAACCUAACGCCUGCAGAUUCAAUCGUUCCUGCUCCGGUCGAUGAGCCCUCUCCGAAUGGUCAGUGA